GACGAUCAAGCUUUGCGGCAGGGUCCGGGCGGGAAAGUUCCCGGCUGUCGGUUGGAGGAGAAUCGUCGCCCCGCCCUGCCCCUUCGGACGGACAUGCCUCGCUCCUGGGAGGCGUGUUCCAGUCUGUCGGACCCAGCGCUGGACGCCUGUUAAGAUCUUACUCCCCGUCGCCAGUUAAGUGCCAUGGAGGCGGCGGUGGAGGCAGAAGUUGAAAAUGAGGACGGCGUCAGCAGCUGCGCAGAUGUAUGCUUCAUGGACAAAGGCCUGCGGAGCAUAUCAGAAUUAUCUUUAGAUUCAGCCCUUCAUGCCAUCAAUCUUCAUUGCAAUAACAUCUCCAAGAUCAAAGCCAUUGAUCAUAUUUGGAAUUUACAACAUUUAGAUCUGUCAUCUAAUCAAAUAAGUCAAAUUGAAGGGCUAUGCACGCUGACGAAACUACGCACUUUAAAUUUGUCCUGCAAUUUGAUCACAAGAAUAGAAGGACUUGAAGAACUAAUAAAUCUGACUAAACUAAAUUUAUCUUAUAACAACAUAAAUGAUCUUAGCGGGUUGAUCCCCCUUCAUGGAAUUAAGCAUAAACUUAAAUACAUAGACCUACAUAGUAAUUGUAUAGAUAGUAUUCAUCACUUACUUCAGUGUAUGGUAGGAUUGCACUUUUUGACCAAUCUCAUUUUGGAAAAAGAUGGAGAGGCCAAUCCUGUCUGUCAUCUACCAGGGUACAGAGCAGUUAUUCUCCAGACUUUGCCACAACUUAGAAUCCUAGAUUGUAAGAACAUAUUUGGUGAACCAGUAAAUAUGGCAGAAAUAAAUUCAUCACACCUACAGUGCUUAGAAGGUCUUUUGGAUAAUUUAGUUUCUUCUGAUUCUCCCCAAAAUAUAAGUGAAGACGAGAUCAUUGAUAAUAUGCCAGUGGUAACAGCACCUGACAGUGAGUUAGCUCAUUUGGAGCAGUUUGCAAGUUCACCAGCAGAUACUGAUAUGCCAUCUUUUAUAUCUGGGUGUCCAUCUUCUGAGCCAGAAAAAGUUAAUCAUGAAACUGAUUUUCAGAGUGAUAAGAAACUUCAGAAUCUAGAUGAUCGAUUUUUACAGCUUCUCGAUGAAACUUCUAAUUCAAUAGGAAAUAUUCCUGAGAAAGAUGUAAGACCAAAAAGAGACACAGAUAUAACUUCUGACAGUGACUAUGGAAACAGAAAAGAGUGUAGUAGAAAAGUUCCUCGAAGAUCAAAAAUCCCAUAUUAUACCAAAACUAUUCAAACUAUUAAGCACCACGGUAAAAACUGCAACCCUGCUUUUGCAAGUUGUAAUCGUAAAAUGAAGCAACCUUACUUCAAAGAUUUAUAUGUGAGAUCAUCUUUAGCAAACUGUUGUAUAAUACCAGAAUCAGAAGAGCCAAAGACUGAAAUUAUUAAAGUAGACCAAAGUACUUCAGAAGACAAUACUUACCGGUGUCUUGUUGAACAGCUAGACCAAGAGAGAGAAAAGAGAUGGAAAGCUGAACAAGCUGAAAAGAAACUUAUAGAUUAUAUUGAUGAGCUGCAUAAACAAGCAAAUGAAAAGCAAGAUGUUCAUAGCCUGACUCUGCUUACCACAGAUAGGCUAAAAGAAAUUAUUUGUAAAGAGAGAAAUUCCAAAGCACAACUUGAGGUUAUGGUGCACAGACUUCAAAAUGAAAUUAAAAAACUAACUAUUGAAUUAAUGAAAGCACGAGAUCAACAAGAGGAUCAUCUUAAACACUUAAGAACCCUGGAAAAAGCAUUAGAAAAAAUGGAGAAACAAAGAGGACAGCAGCAGGCAGCACAGAUAAGACUUAUUCAAGAGGUAGAGCUCAAAGCUUCUGCUGCUGAUAGAGAAAUAAACUUACUUAGAACUUCACUUCAUCAAGAAAAGGAUCAAGUACAACAGCUUCAUGAACUUAUUGCAGUGAAAGAGCAGGAACACAGGAAAGAACUUGAAACAAGGGAUUUUUUUAAUGAUGCAGAGUUUCAGGAUGCCUUAGCUAAAGAAAUAGCCAAAGAAGAGAAAAAGCAUGAGCAAGUUAUAAAAGAAUACCAAGAUAAAAUUGAUGUAUUAAACCAGCAAUAUGUGGAGCUAGAAAAUGAAUUUCGCAUUGCAUUAACUAUUGAAGCCAGAAGAUUUCAAGAUGUUAAAGAUGGUUUUGAAAAUGUUGCAACUCAGUUAGCAAAAAGCAAACAUGCUCUUAUUUGGGCUCAGCGAAAAGAAAAUGAGUCUUCCUCUUUAAUUAGAGACCUGACCUGUAUGGUGAAAGAGCAAAAAUCAAAACUUGCAGAAGUUUCCAAAUUGAAACAAGAAACAUCCGCAAAUUUACAGAAUCAAAUGAACACCCUUGGAAUUUUAAUUGAAGAUGACAAGCAGAAAAGUAUUCAAAUAGAACUUCUCAAGCACGAAAAAAUGCAACUCAUUUCGGAGCUAGCAGCCAAGGAAUCACUGAUUAUUGGUUUAAGGUCUGAGAGAAAAGCAUGGGGAAAUGAGCUGGCACAACAAGGAUCUACUCUAGCCCAAAAUCGUGGAAAAUUGGAGGCCCAAAUUGAAAGUUUAUGUCAAGAGAAUGAAUGUCUGCGAAAGACAAAUGAAAGUAAUAAUGAUACAUUAAGAAUAAAGUGCAAAAUCAUAGAAGACCAAACUCAAACCAUCAGAAAAUUAAAAGUUUGUUUACAAGAAAAAGAUGUACAGAUCAAAGUAUUACAAGAAAAGAUCACUGAAAUAGAAAAAUGUAAUCAAGAACAACUUGAGGAAAAAUGUAUUCAGCUGGAUUGUAUACUUGAGAAAUUGGAAAAGCACAAUGAAAGAAAAGAAAAACUAAAACAUCAGUUGAAACUAAAGGAAUUAGAACUUGAAGAUAUUCGAAACGCUUACAGUACACUUAAUCAGAAGUGGCAGGACAAAGGAGAGCUUCUGUGUCAUCUUGAGUCACAAGUAAAAGAAGUGAAAGUAAAAUUUGAAAACAAGGAAAGGAAACUUAAAGAAGAAAGAGACAAAAGUAUUGAACUACAAAAGAGUGCAAUAGAAAAGCUUCAUAGUAUGGAUGAUGCCUUUAAAAAACAAGUUGAUGCAAUUGUUGAAGCUCAUCGGGCUGAAAUUUCACAUCUGGCAACUGAAAAGCAGAAAUGUAUUGAUACCGCGAAUUACAAGGUUCUUCAAGUUGAAGAAGAAAUGCGCGGACUUCUGGAAGAAACAUGCAAGAACAAAAAAGCAAUGGAAGUGAAAAUUAAGCAACUUGCUUGUGCUCUAAAUGAAAUUCAGCAAGAUAUGUGAUCAUUCUGCCAACAAAUUUGAUUGAAAUGGACCAGCAGACCUAUUGUAAAAAUGAUUAAAUAUUGUAAUAGUAGUAACUGCUA